AUGAGGAAAAAGACGGAGAUUCUUUCGAACCUCAAGUCGGCGCAACUUCAAACCUGCCACCAACCACAGGAGCAUCUCGGCAUUGACCAUGGAACUACUUUCACUCGAGUUCGCCUCUUGCUCAAAGGACAGGACGCCAAGCCAGAGGUGGUGAGCGAGUGUUUCGGAGCCCGCAACAAAUUCGACUCCAAGCACCGGGUUCGUGGCUCCCAGACGAUUCCUGAUUUUCCUGCCUUCUGUCUCCUGGGACAUUCGGGCGAGGAGUCAAUCUCCUCCUUCGAGAUCCAGCAAUCGCCAAACCGCGUUCCACUCAAGCUAGCCUCCCUUAUUCUUGACGAACAAGAAGAUACAGACACGGGAGAGCCGCGACACACCCUACUGCGUCUGAUGCCCCGAUAUCAUGAGAAUCUCGUCAGGUUCAAGGAGAAGGACCCCAACAACUUCAAUUUCAAGCUCAUGAAGAUCUGGAUCGCGCAUUUUGAGCAUAUCAAGGGCCGUAUCCUCAGCUACUGCGAGAUGAAGGACUACGAGCUGACUUCCAUCACCAUGACUGUUCCGAACUGGGCCAAUGACGAGAGGGUCGAUCACAUUUACUCUGGCAUUAUUCAAGGCGUCUUCGAUGGCCAUGUUUGCGCCUCGCAGUUCUUUGACGUCAGCGAGGCCCAGGCGAUGGCUCGCUCCCUAGUCAAAGAGCAGCUAAGUCACGAGAACAGUGAGCUGGCCAAGCUGGUUGGACAACGCAACAUGCUCCUGGUCGUUGAUAUUGGUGGGACGGCCAUGAAUGGCUGCCUGGUCGAAAUUAGUCGCGACGAAGGCACAGUCCUCACGGCUAUCGAACUUGAAUCCUUUGGAUGCUUUGGAGGCAGCGAGCUGUGGGAGAUGGCGGUUGCCGAAGCUCUCAGAAAACAUGACCCACGCGCCAGCGACGACAAUGUUCUGGGGUCCUAUCUGAGCGACUUUGCCGACAUCAAAGCGAUGGUCCAGUCGCCGGAUGCCACCAUCCGCCUCAACCACCAAGGGGAUGCCACAGAGCUCAUCCCGCGUGAGGCCCGACGCUGCUUCGACAAAGCGUUCAAGAGGGCCCUAGAUGAUCUCGAGUCCAAGCUCCGCCCGAUUGUCUCCCGACUCGCCAAGGUCAAUUCCCUCCAGAAUCUUGCCAUGGUCUUCACUGGUGGGACCUUCAACACGCACUGCAUCUACACACACGUCAGCUCUCUGGUCAGCACUCUGGACCCGGACGGCAAGACGGCUCCCAUUUUUCUCAACCAGCUCGAGGGGCUCCAUAUAGAAGAUCCCACUGGACUGAUUGCUCGUGGUGCCGUUUAUGCGGCGAGCACGAGCACGACGGUGAGGGAGUGGCUGAAAGAGGGCGCAGCCUUUGGUGUACAGUCAUGCUUCACCAAGAACGGACUCUGGUGUAAUGAGUUUCCGGCACUUACCAUCGGGCUAGUUGAGCGCGGCGAAGGCGGCAGCUAUCCGGGCCGCAAGAUGGGCAAGGGAAACCGGUUCGAAAAGAUCGCCCUCAAGGUGGUCUGCGACCCGCUCCAUGGGAAACGCAGGGGCACGGACGAGAUGCUGUCGUACCUCAACUGCUACGACGUCUUUGUCGUAGACAAUGAGGAGACGCAGACGCCGGGCUCCUACCGGUGGUACUUGUCUGUCUGGGGUAGGAGUGGCCGUGAUCAAGCUUGCGGGCUCACGCUCACCAUCGAGCAUGUCCAGGGAGAGUGGAAGGACGGAGCAGAGCAGUCUGGUGUCAGGAAGGAGUGGAGAAUUCCGCUUCGGUAUGACAUUGGCACUGGCUGCGCCCUUCCGGACGAAGCCAAUAUCGAGCAAGGAGAGUGGGAGUUGUUUUACACGUGA